UGUUAUCUUUGAUUUUCUCCUAUUGCUAUCAAAUUUCUUAUAUUGAAAUGUUAAAUGCUAUGAAUAGCGUGUGUAAUUUUCUAGUUAAAUUGAUAAUCGUUCUUGUUUUACUGAAGACGAAAGGGGUGAAGGUACGGAUUCGGGCCGAAGACUCCGUGCCCGUUUGAGGAAAAUUCACCGUGACUCGAGACAAACUGUAAGAGGAUCAGUUUUGAAAUGGGAGACAGUGGAAGAAGAAAUGGAUGAAGUCAUUCUUAAGGAUUUAUUCAGAUAAUUCUGAUAACAUCUCGCUUGCUGAAACUGCUGAGCCACCAUCGGAUUUGAUCUUGCCGCUUUUGAGGUACCAAAAGGAAUGGUUGGCUUGGUCAAUAAAGCAAGAAGAAUCUGCAUGCAAGGGGGGUAUUCUUGCUGAUGAAAUGGGAAUGGGGAAGACGCUUCAAGCCAUAGCACUUGUGCUUGCUCAACGCGAUUUAAAGAAAGCAACUAAUGGUUCCAGUAUAUUGUUGUCUUCACCUGGUACUUCCCAGGAACUCCCAACAGUAAAAGGAACUCUUGUUGUAUGUCCUGUGAUUGGAGCAUCUCAAUGGCUUCGAGAGAUUGAACGUUGCACAACUAAAGAAAGCAACAAAACUCUUCUUUAUCAUGGCACAAACAGGGGAAAAUUUACAUCCAACCUGGAGGAGUAUGAUUUUGUCAUUACUACCUACUCCACUAUCCUGGCUGACUAUAGGCCAAAAAAGUCAAAGCAGAAGAGCAACAACUCAAAAUUGUGUGACGAUGGUUCUAUUGAUAAUUCGGUCAGUGUUGGUGAAGAUGUGUCCAGAAGGAAGUCAAUUCUGCAUUCAGUGAAGUGGGAUCGUAUCAUUUUGGAUGAGGCUCAUCAUGUCAAAUCUAUAAGCACCACCACCACAAAAGUGGUUCUUGCUUUAGAAUCUUUUUAUAAGUGGGCCUUAACUGGUACACCCCUGCAAAACCACAUUGGAGAAUUGUACGUACUUGUCCGAUUCUUACAAGUUACUCCUUAUGCUUAUUACUUUUGCCAAAAUUGUAAUUGCAGCGGACUUGAUUUAAGCUCCUCUGAUAAAUGCCCACAGUGCCAUCCCCAGACUUGCCGACGUGCACGCCACUUCCUCUGGUGGAAUAAAUAUAUUGAAAAACCUUUAAGGAUUAUGGGACACAAGAAUGACGGUGGAGAUGCUAUGGUUUUUUUGAAGCACAAAAUUCUGAAAAGCAUAAUGCUAAGACGUACCAAAAAGGAAAGAGUUGUUGAUCUUUCACUUCCCACAAAGACUGUUAUAAUAAGAAAAGAUUCUUUGGAUGUGGAUGAAUUUAACUACUACAAGUCAUUGCACAAUAGAAGUCGAGAACUGCUCAAGAGAUAUGUAGAGGAUGGAACUCUGAUGAAUAACUAUGGUCACAUUUUUGCUAUGAUCACGCGCCUACGGCAGGCAGCUGAUCAUCGUUACCUUGUAAUGUACUCUAGAAAAGAAUUGGCUAGUGGAAACAAAGAGGCUGAAGAUGUUGAAAAAUUAUGUGACCUAUGUCAUGAUGCAGUGGAAGAUCUAGUAGUUACUUCCUGCAGGCACGUGUUUUGCAAGGCAUGUUUGAUAGACGUAGCUGACAGUGUGGAGAAAAUAGCAUGCCCUUCAUGUACCAAACCCCUCAAAUUUGACUUCACUGCAAAUAAUGAUAAGGGGGAUUCUAAUUCUAAACCUACUGUCAAAGAGUUUAGGUCCUCAAGUAUAUUGAACAGAAUUCAGCUUGAUAAAUUUCAAACGAGCACUAAAAUAGAUGCUUUGAGGGAAGAAAUUAGGUUCAUGGUUGAAAGGGACGGUUCUGCAAAAGGAAUAGUUUUUAGCCAGUUCACUUCGUUUUUAGAUCUGAUACAGUAUUCUCUUAAUCUGUCGGGCAUCAAUUGUGUUCAAUUAGUUGGAUCGAUGUCUAUUGCCGCAAGAGAUGCUGCAGUAAACAAAUUCACUGAGGAUUCAGAUUGCAGGAUACUACUUAUGAGUUUAAAAGCUGGAGCUGUUGCUCUCAAUCUUACAGUUGCAUCAAAUGUUUUCUUAAUGGAUCCUUGGUGGAAUCCUGCGGUGGAGCAGCAAGCCCAAGAUAGAAUCCAUCGAAUAGGGCAAUAUAAACCUGUCUGGAUUGUGAGAUUUGUGAUAGAGAAUACAAUUGAAGAGAACGUCAUAGAGUUGCAAGAAAAGAAGAAAUUUCUUUUUGAAGGGACAGUCGGUGGUUCUUCAGAGGCCUUAGGAAAACUAACAAUCGAGGACUUGUCAAACCUGCUUGAGCGUCACUUUUGAUAUGUUCUAUUCCUUCUGUUUAGUUCCUGUCAACUUCUGUACUGUGUUCUGAUGUUUGCUCUUAGGCUGUGCGGUGUUUGAUAU